CUCUCUCUAAGGGCAUCUUCUUCUUCUUCUUCUUCUUUUCUUUUAGCAAAGCAUUUAGGCUACGGGACAACUCCAAAAAGCCAGAUUUUUACCCUUGCCUUUUACUUAGGCACGACAAAAAUCUGAGAUGUUUUCUGCUAUUAUGUCCCAUCUGCCCCGCAUUUGUAAUCCUGCCCCUUGCAGAACAAAUCCACUGGACUGGUGCCUUCCUAUUGAGACGCUAGAAGCAUAGAAGACAACCUCAGAGCGCUCUAUCAUUAAAAGCAAACAAGACAGAGGACCUCGGCUUUUAAAAGCAAAACGAGAAAACAAUCUGAAAGCGUCAAGUUAAUAUUUCCCGAUUGGCUUUACACGUCGCAGAUUUUGCUUGUAAGUUGCAUGUUCGUGAGUGGAAGUACUCGGCUCGGGACAGAAGGAAUGGGAUACCCGAGCAGAGCAGUGAGGGGAUGGAGAAGACGGAAAGGAUGGACGCUCUUGGUUUGGGUCGUUGUUGUCAGCUUGGCUUUAGCUGACGGACGGAGAGUGAGGCAGCCCAGAUGCCCCCACGGAUGCACCUGCACAAAAGAUAAUGCCCUAUGUGAGAGUGUCCGAUCUGUGCCUCACACUUUCCCAUCCGACGUCGUUUCACUAUCUUUUGUCAAGUCUGGAUUUAAUGAAAUUACUGGAGGAAGCUUUGCGCACACACCUACCCUACACCUGCUAUUGUUCACAGCAAACUCAUUUGACCUGAUUGAUGAGGAUGCAUUUCAAGGUUUACCACAUCUUGAAUACCUAUUUAUUGAAAACAACAAAAUUGCUGAAAUAUCCCAGUAUGCUUUCCGGGGCCUGAAAGCACUAGUACAUCUGAUUUUAGCAUAUUGGAAUCUAGAAACACUGCCCAAAGAUGUUUUUAAGGGAAUGGAUGCUUUGACCAAAGUGGAUCUGCGAGGCAACAAUUUGAUCUGUGACUGCAAGCUCAAGUGGUUGGUGGAGUGGAUGCACCACACCAAUGCUACUCUAGACCAAAUCUACUGCAGUGGCCCACCCAUUCACCAGGGGAAGAAGAUCAACGACCUGCUGCCUCACUCUUUUGACUGCAUCGCAGCAGAGUUUGCCACCUAUCAGUCACUGAAGUUUGAGUCCAUUUCGGUGGAUGCCUUCACUCUUGGUAAUGAACAGUAUGUCGUGUUUGCCCAGCCUUUUGCUGGGACAUGCAGCUUCUUAGAAUGGGAUCACGUGGAGAUGACCUUCAGAACAUAUGACACCAUUGAAAGCACCUCAACUGUCGUCUGCAAGCCCAUGCUAAUUGAGAACCACCUCUUUGUCAUUGUGGCCCAGUUGUUUGGGGGCUCACACAUUUACAAACAUGAUACCUCUGCCAGCAAAUUCAUCAAGAUCCAGGACAUUGACAUCCUAAAAAUUCGCAAACCCAACGACAUCGAGACCUUCAUGAUCGACGGAGAGUCUUUCUUUGUCAUCGCUGACAGCUCUAAGGCGGGCUCCACAACGGUGUACAAAUGGAACGGCAAUGGAUUUUACUCCCAUCAGUCACUCCACCCUUGGUACAGGGAUACAGAUGUAGAAUAUCUAGAGAUCUCCAACAAACCCCACCUGAUUUUGUCAAGUAGCUCCCAGAGGCCCGUCGUGUACCAGUGGAACAGAAGCCAGAAAAAGUUUGACCGCAGGACUGACAUACCGGACAUGGAGGACGUCUUCUCCAUCAAACACUUCCGAGUCCAAGGUGAUCUGUUUAUAUGCUUGACAAGAUUCAUCGGGGACUCCAAGGUGAUGCGCUGGGACGGUGCCAUGUUCAAAGAGGUCCAGACAUUCCCUUCCCGUGGCUCUAUGGUGUUCCAGCCCGUCUCCACCGGCAACUGGCAGUAUGCCAUCUUGGGCAGCGAUUACUCACUGACGCAGGUCUACCAAUGGGACACCAAGAGGGGCCAGUUUGUCCCAUCUCAGGAGCUGAAUAUCCAGGCGCCUCGGGGAUUUUCUCUGGUUUCCAUUGACGGCCGGGUGUUCCUACUGGCAUCCAGCUUCAAGGGAAAAACUCAGAUAUACGAGCACCUCAUGAUCGAUCUGAGCAAUUAGGUCCAUCGUCUAAAUGCCUUUUCCCCGAGAUUGUCGCUCUCGUCAGUCCCAUUUUAACCAAUCAACAAUUUCCACCUUUGCUCAAACAAAAAGAGAGAUUUGUCAAAAAAUAAUGAGGCCCUUUAGAUUAGUUUGUAGCUAAACUUAUAAAUAUUUUGUGAUCAGCUGCAGUGGUCUGCAAGUCCUGUAUUUAUAUCUCAAUCCCUUAAUAUUUGGAAAUGCCUUAUUUUCCAUUUAAAGUUGUGAAGUCAGUGAACUUCUUCGUCUGUUAUUCAACUCCAAAGGCAGAAGACAUUCACACAUGAGUUUGCUAUUAAUCUACAUACAGUUUUGUUUCUCCUAUAGGAUUUUGAUAGUUCAUGUUUUUUGUUGUUGCUGUUGUUGUUUUUGGAAAAGGGGGCAAGAACGUUACCACUGGAGGUAAUUCACCUGAAAAUACAUUAUAGACUAUGGGACAUUAACCUACAAUACUAAUAGGUGUGUUGUGUUUAAGUACUGGAUUUAUUUGCUUGUGUAGGUUAGUCUCAUUCAUCCUGUCACAUGAGCCAUUCAACUGACAGGCUUAACAGAUACCUUACAGAAAAGAGACAAUCUGACAAAUGUACAAAACCCCCUUUUCACCUUUAAAUCUAUGAUUAUAGAUGUAGUGCUGUACUUAGCAAUAGAGCAUUUUGUCAGUAUUUGAGACCUGAGCUUCAUAACACUACUUUCAACCAAAUGCAGGUAAAAAUUGGACUACUUGCUGAGAACCGUGUCUUUUCCAUGGCAGCUAGUUGGCAGCUUGUAAUUAUUUCACUUCAAUAAAUGGAAUGACAAAUCUGCUAAACACUGUGAGAAACUGAGUUUUAAAAAAAAGAACUGCUUCCUCUCUGCUCUCAGUUGAACAAGACUGUGUGCGCAAUACACUCAUGGCGUCGAUUUCUGAUGAAUGCCUCGCUAGAAGCAUCCCACUGUGUCACCCAGCCCUUUCUCUUUCACUGCAACCUUACCCCUUUUCUCCCCCGUUGACAAAGCCAUUGUUGUCUUUACUCUGCAACGAAAAGCCAACCACUGUGCCGCACAUACUACCUAUGCUUUCACGUGCGCCUCUUAUUCUGACACAAAAGAAGUUUGAUGACAAUUAAAAACUUCACUGACAACAAUUUGCCAAAAAAAUUAAUGUUUACGUUUUUACAAUAUUGUGUAAAUUAUGUUACUUUUGUAUGUAGAGGGGACCACACUCGAUGCUUCUUUUUUUGGUGUAGAUAUAGUGAUAAGAUUUGGUGUAACGUGAUACUUCUGCUGUAGACUUACUUGUGUCACUUUUAUCUAGUUGAGUAAGGAUAGAGGAUAUUACAUGUCCCUUUGCCUUCUUUUCGCAUUUUAUUUUAUGUACAGUGGUAAUAAAAUACUAAAUCAGCAAGGAA